AUGGAACUUGUAAAGAUUGCUCGUAUUACCGUGGCCUGCAACUCGUGCCAGCGCCGCAAGGUCAAGUGCCACUACGUCUACGAAGGCUCCGCUUGUAGGCGCUGUGUCUGGAACGGGAUGAAGUGCUCACUUCACAAUCCCAAGAGAUCACGGGAUGAGGAGCCGAAUGGAGGCCCCCGUCGUAAUACUGUACUUGAGCAAGGAGCUGGUACACUCAAGACCACCAAGCAGGUCCACCCUCAGUCUCCUCAUAUUGAUCCCAGCCUUAGAUUCAUCACUCAGUUCCUGGAUUUGGACGAAUGUGAGUUUCUAGACCAAAUUGGCACCUCGUAUGAAGACCAUGCCUUUCUGGAACGGCCUGGGGUCGAGGGGCUCUCAAAAUCCCAGGUCGAACACCUGAGGGCCCAAGGUUGUUUAUCACUCCCAACGCAGGAGCUCCUUGAUCAUUUAGUCUAUUGUUACUUUCGCUUCGUUCAUUGUCAUAUCCCCCUCCUCAACGAAGCCGAGUUCUGGCCAGCGUACAAAAGCUCUAGCUUGGGUUCACCUUCUACUCCCUAUACUUCGUUGUUUGUGUUUCAAGCAGUCUUGUUCUGCAGCCUUGCUUACAUCCCGCUGCCAUUGAUACACAAACUCGGCUACGCCAGCCGAGAACUCGCACAAGCCACAUUCCAUCUGCGUGCGAAGGUCCGUUUCUACCUCCUCAAUCGCGGCAUAUCAUACCAAUUGACUGUACGCCAGCUCAUAUACGAACUCGAAGCAGAGACCGAUCCCCUGUACCUGGCCCAGGGCUGUCUCCUCCUCAGCCGCCAUACCACGGGUGCUCGUCCGUACCAAGCAAGCGAAUGGCUCGCGAUUGCUAUCAACAAUGCCGUCUCCAUCCAGGCCCACCGCGCCGGAAUAUCAAGAAAUGACGAAGAAACAAACAACAAUGUAAAAAGGCGCCUAUGGUGGUCGAUCAUCAUCCGUGACCGUUCACUGGCAUUGGGGCUACGCCGCGGAAUUCUUGUUGCACCACCAAUGCUAGACCUUACCAUCGAGCCCCCCUGCGAGUCAGACUUUCAAGAUGAAAUCUGGUUUUCACGCGUUCACAGCCCACUGGAUAAAAGGAGAUUUGUCCAUAUGCUGCGUGCUCAGGUUAAGCUGAGUCUAAUUCUAACGGAGCUGUUGGUGCACGUCACGGACAGUGAUGUGGAUGAGAAAGACAAGAGUGCGCUGAAUAUUGGACCGCAUGCUAGAGAAUCUCAGGUUCUACUAAGCGUUGGCAGUAAACUGUGCGAUUGGCUUGGGGAUACAAAGGACGGUCUGUUGCUGUUUGAGGACAUCGCCAUUCAGCCGUUGACUCAGCCGACAAAUCUGUAUAGCUGCUUGAUUCUCCUCCAAUUCCACGCCGCCACAAAUGUGCUCUACUACCGCCAGAUUCAACUUAUUGUUCAACGCCAGCCAUUAACAAGCGAGGACAUCAGCCAACUUUCGGGCAUAUUUAACGGGAUCAACAUGGCUGUUUGCUCAGUCAAUUAUCUGAUCCGAGAGAUGGUGCAAUCUGAAUGGGCCCAUCAGCUGCCGCUUACUCUAACUGUGUACAUUGCUUUGCCAUUCCUACUCAACUCGCUAGACUUUGUAUUCUCAAGUGAAGACCUGCGGCUCCAGGUCUACGAGGAUACACUGCAGUACUACAUCUGUCUGAUGAACAAUCUCCAGGCGACUCAUCAAGCGGCAAGAUUUCUGGCAGAGAGUAUACAGGCCCUUGUUCGAGCAACGGAGGACUCACUACUCCUCGAGCGCCCCGAAAUCGGUUCCCCAUCCCCAGGAAUCUGGCGCGACAUCUUCGUCUACCGUCCGCACAUCUUCCUGCAGGUCUGCUGGGCCUUGGAUCUAGCAAUCGCAAGCGGCCAAGUUGCCGAUCGGUACACCGUUCUCGAGAACAUCUUUCAGGACAGCACAAGCCUCGCUCUCGAGGUACAGCUCGUAUCCUGGGGCCCCUCGGCUCCGCGGGACAUCCUCAGCCUCAUGAACAGUAAUGCGCACGUAUCCUCGAAUACGGCGCAAAUAAUCCACGCGGACGAACUACUAUCUCAGUGCCAAUUUGACUUCCCUGUUGCUGGUAGCGAGGGGCCGACGCUGAGGUGGUGGUUGGACUCGGCUUUGAAUGAGAUGCUGGGUUGUAUUCCGCCGUAG